GGGAGAUUUACUCGCGCGCGGAUUAAUUGCCCAGAAGAUACAACCGAAUGUUAACGAUUUUAACAAAAACUACUCCACUACUACAUCUGCGCGCAGCAUUUCGACGAGGAUUUGUGGUCGGCAUGGCAUCUCAAUCAAGCUACAAGCUCAGCGAGGUAGAAGGGGAUCUCUUCUCGGCCCCAAAAACCCAUUCACUGGCCCACUGCGUGGGAGCUGACCUGGCCAUGGGUGCUGGCAUUGCUGUGAAGUUCAAGCAGGUCUAUGGCAAGGUGGACGAACUCCGCGCCCAAAACGCUGGCAGUGGAGAGGUUGCCGUCCUGAAGGAUGACCAGCGAUAUAUCUAUUAUUUGGUCACCAAGCCACAGAGUUGGGGCAAGCCUACUUAUGAAUCCCUGCAGGCUUCUUUGGAGCAAAUGCGCGAACACAUGCGUAAAAAUAAAAUUCAUCAGCUGGCUAUCCCUCGAAUUGGCUGUGGAAUCGAUGGCUUGGAGUGGGAAAAAGUUAGCAACAUCCUGGAGUACGUGUUCGGCCAGGAGGAGCUAGAAAUUGUGGUCUACAACUUUGUGCCGCCGCAGAGCAAAUAAUGUUAUAUUUUGACUUGUGACAUUUACUUUUGGGUUGCGACAUAAUUAUAUACAGCUAUUUCCACUGCAUCUGACUGGAAUAUUUGGCA